UCUUCCGCGGGCGUACUGGGAGAAACACUGACGGGUAGAGGGACUGACCGCCGGAGGACUGACGGCCGGCCGGCCGGGGCAGUGAAAGCGCAGGCCCUAUGGCACGGGUCGCGUGAGGCAGAAGGCCGAGUGCGGCCGGCGGCGGCAGCGCCCGCCCCAGCGAUGCGUGCCCCGCCCGUCGCCUCAGGUGCCGUUUGGAUAGUACUUUAGUGGCACAAUGUACUCGGAGUGGAGAUCACUGCAUUUGGUGAUUCAGAAUGAUCAGGGUCAUACCAGUGUGCUGCAUAGCUAUCCAGAGAGCGUUGGGCGAGAGGUAGCAAAUGCAGUGGUCCGCCCUCUUGGGCAGGCCUUAGGUACCUCUUCAGUGGCUGGUAAUGAGAGUUUGUUAAAAACUGACAAAGAAGUAAAAUGGACAAUGGAAGUAAUUUGCUAUGGACUGACCCUUCCAUUGGAUGGAGAGACUGUAAAAUAUUGUGUUGAUGUAUAUACAGACUGGAUUAUGGCUUUAGUAUUGCCGAAAGAUUCUAUCCCAUUGCCAGUUAUUAAAGAACCUAAUCUUUAUGUUCAAAGUAUACUAAAACAUUUGCAAAAUCUUUUUGUACCAAGACAGGAACAGGGCUCCAGCCAGAUCCGACUAUGCUUACAGGUCCUGAGAGCCAUUCAAAAACUGGCCCGUGAGUCAUCCGUCAUGGCCCGAGAAACCUGGGAAGUUUUACUGUUGUUUCUUCUGCAGAUUAAUGAUAUACUUCUGGCCCCGCCAACUGUUCAAGGUGGAAUUGCUGAGAAUCUAGCAGAGAAAUUGAUUGGUGUUCUCUUUGAGGUUUGGUUACUAGCUUGUACUCGGUGCUUCCCAACACCUCCUUAUUGGAAGACAGCCAAGGAGAUGGUGGCUAACUGGAGGCACCACCCGGCAGUGGUGGAACAGUGGAGCAAAGUUAUCUGUGCGCUCACUUCCAGAUUGUUACGCUUUACAUAUGGUCCUUCAUUUCCUCCAUUUAAAGUUCCUGAUGAGGAUGCCAGUUUGAUCCCUCCAGAAAUGGAUAAUGAGUGUGUUGCACAGACGUGGUUUCGAUUUUUACAUAUGUUAAGUCAUCCCGUGGAUUUGAGUAAUCCAGCCAUUAUAAGCUCUACUCCCAAAUUUCAGGAACAGUUCUUAAAUGUGAGCGGGAUGCCGCAAGAAUUGAAUCAAUAUCCCUGCCUUAAACAUCUGCCUCAAAUAUUUUUUCGUGCCAUGCGUGGAAUCAGCUGUCUGGUGGAUGCAUUCUUAGGCAUUUCUAGACCCCGGUCAGACAGUGCUCCUCCGACACCCGUAAAUAGAUUAAGUAUGUCUCAAAGCACUGCGGUCAAUACUACCCCACCACAUAACCGAAGGCACCGGGCUGUUACUGUGAAUAAGGCCACCAUGAAGACAAGCACAGUUAGUACUGCUCAUGCCUCGAAAGUCCAGCACCAGAGCUCCUCAACCUCUCCUCUGUCAAGUCCAAAUCAGGCAAGUUCAGAACCUCGGCCACUGCCUGCCCCUCGGAGACCAAAGGUUAACAGCAUCUUGAAUCUCUUUGGAUCAUGGUUAUUUGAUGCAGCAUUUGUUCACUGUAAACUUCAUAAUGGGAUAAACCGAGACAGCAGCAUGACUGCAUCUUUUAUCCAAAUUCUUCUUUCUUAUAAAUCUUCCAUUACGACACAAGCUAGCAUGGAGUUUCGACGGAAAGGGUCACAAAUGUCCACAGACACCAUGGUUUCCAACCCUAUGUUUGAUGCAAGUGAAUUUCCUGAUAACUAUGAAGCAGGAAGAGCUGAGGCUUGUGGGACACUGUGUAGGAUUUUUUGUAGCAAGAAGACUGGAGAAGAGAUACUGCCAGCUUAUUUAUCCAGAUUUUACAUGCUUUUAAUUCAAGGUUUGCAGAUAAAUGAUUAUGUGUGCCAUCCUGUCUUGGCCAGCGUUAUUCUAAACUCCCCUCCUUUGUUCUGCUGUGACUUGAAAGGGAUUGAUGUUGUGGUUCCUUACUUUAUUUCAGCUCUUGAAACCAUUUUGCCUGACAGAGAACUCUCAAAAUUCAAAAGCUAUGUAAAUCCAACAGAAUUAAGAAGAUCCUCCAUUAAUAUCCUACUUUCUUUGUUGCCCCUCCCUCAUCAUUUUGGCACAGUCAAAUCUGAGGUGGUCCUGGAAGGAAAGUUUAGUAAUGAUGACAGCUCUUCUUAUGAUAAACCAAUAACUUUUCUAUCCCUGAAGUUGAGACUUGUGAAUAUACUAAUAGGUGCCUUGCAAACGGAAACGGACCCCAACAACACCCAAAUGAUAUUAGGGGCAAUGUUAAAUAUUGUUCAAGAUUCUGCACUUUUAGAAGCCAUUGGUUGCCAAAUGGAGAUGGGUGGUGGAGAAAAUAACCUGAAGAGUCAUAGUCGCACUAAUAGUGGUAUUAGUUCAGCAAGUGGUGGAAGUACAGAGCCCACAACUCCUGAUAGUGAGAGACCUGCUCAAGCUCUCCUAAGGGAUUAUGGAUCGACAGCUCUUAAUACAGAUUCAGCUGCUGGGCUCCUGAUUCGCAGUAUUCAUCUCGUCACCCAAAGACUCAACUCCCAGUGGCGGCAAGACAUGAGCAUAUCACUGGCAGCUCUAGAGCUUCUCUCUGGCCUGGCAAAGGUGAAGGUGAUGGUUGACUUAGGAGACCGGAAGCGAGCCAUUAGUUCCGUGUGCAGCUACAUUGUGUACCAGUGCAGUAGGCCAGCUCCUCUUCACUCCCGGGAUCUGCACUCCAUGAUAGUGGCAGCUUUUCAGUGUCUCUGUGUCUGGCUGACAGAGCACCCUGAUAUGCUUGAUGAAAAGGACUGCCUUAAAGAAGUACUGGAGAUUGUAGAACUGGGUAUCUCAGGAAGUAAGUCCAAGAACAGUGAUCAAGAAGUCAAAUACAAAGGAGAUAAGGAGCCAAACCCUGCAUCUAUGAGGGUAAAGGAUGCUGCCGAAGCCACUUUAACAUGUAUUAUGCAGUUGCUUGGUGCAUUUCCUUCACCCAGUGGUCCUGCCUCUCCUUGUAGUCUGGUGAAUGAGACCACUCUUAUCAAAUACUCCAGGCUGCCAACCAUAAACAAGCAUAGUUUUCGAUACUUUGUCUUGGACAACAGUGUCAUCCUGGCCAUGCUGGAGCAACCCCUUGGAAAUGAACAGAAUGAUUUCUUCCCCUCUGUCACUGUGCUCGUCCGGGGAAUGUCUGGAAGACUUGCUUGGGCACAACAACUUUGCCUUUUACCCAGGGGAGCAAAAGCAAAUCAGAAGCUUUUUGUGCCUGAACCUCGUCCAGUUCCUAAAAAUGAUGUGGGAUUUAAAUAUACUGUGAAACAUCGACCAUUUCCUGAAGAAGUGGACAAGAUUCCUUUUGUAAAAGCAGAUCUGAGCAUUCCAGAUUUGCACGAAAUUGUCACUGAAGAAUUAGAAGAGAGACAUGAGAAAUUAAGGAGCGGCAUGGCCCAGCAGAUUGCUUAUGAAAUACACCUUGAGCAGCAGAGUGAAGGUGAAUUGCAGAAGAGAAGCUUUCCUGACCCCAUUACAGACUGCAAGCCCCCGCCCCCUGCCCAGGAAUUCCAGACAGCCCGCCUCUUUCUCUCACACUUCGGAUUUUUGUCCUUAGAGGCGUUGAAGGAACCUGCAAAUAGUCGUCUACCUCCUCACCUUAUUGCACUUGAUUCCACGAUACCUGGGUUUUUUGACGACAUUGGAUAUCUGGAUCUCUUGCCCUGUCGUCCUUUUGACACAGUUUUUAUUUUCUAUAUGAAACCAGGUCAGAAAACAAACCAAGAGAUUUUGAAGAAUGUGGAGUCUUCCAGAAGUGUUCAGCCACAUUUUGUAGAAUUUUUGCUCUCCCUCGGCUGGUCAGUGGAUGUGGGCAGACACCCUGGUUGGACUGGCCAUGUUUCUACCAGUUGGUCAAUUAAUAGUUGCAAUGAUGGGGAAGGGUCUGAACAAGAUGAGGUAAUAUCCUCUGAAGAUGUUGGGGCUAGCAUUUUCAAUGGACAGAAGAAGGUGCUGUAUUAUGCUGAUGCCCUGACAGAAAUAGCCUUUGUGGUUCCUUCUCCUGUGGAGUCCUUAACUGAUUCAUUGGAAAGUAACAUUUCAGACCAGGAUAGUGACUCAAACAUGGAUCUUAUGCCAGGAAUUCUGAAACAGCCAUCCCUGACACUUGAGCUUUUCCCCAAUCACACAGACAAUCUUAAUUCUUCACAGAGGCUCAGUCCGAGUUCCAGAAUGAAGAAGCUGCCUCAGGGUCGCCUUGUGCCUCCCCUUGGACCUGAGACAAGAGUGUCUGUAGUCUGGGUGGAACGCUAUGAUGAUAUAGAAAACUUUCCCCUUUCAGAUCUAAUGACAGAGAUCAGUACUGGUGUGGAAACGACUGCAAAUAGUAGCACUUCUCUGAGAUCGACAACACUUGAAAAAGAAGUUCCAGUCAUCUUCAUCCACCCUUUAAACACUGGAUUAUUCCGGAUAAAAAUUCAAGGAGCCACUGGAAAAUUUAACAUGGUCAUCCCUCUUGUGGAUGGGAUGAUAGUCAGCCGGCGAGCACUUGGCUUUCUGGUGAGGCAGACUGUAAUAAACAUUUGUAGAAGAAAGAGACUGGAGAGCGACUCCUAUAGUCCACCACAUGUCCGCCGGAAACAGAAAAUCACUGACAUUGUCAACAAGUACCGGAACAAGCAGUUGGAGCCAGAGUUUUAUACUUCGCUUUUCCAGGAGGUUGGACUCGAGAGCUGCAGUUCUUAGACCACUGUCUGUCUUGAACUCCAUUGUAUGGACUGUAAUAUCAAGCCAAGACAGUUUGACAGGUGAUCACUGUAAAAAUAAAAACAAAUCACUCCCUGAGAGCUUACUGUUUAAUCACCAGAAUAGAAAAAACACAUUGUAAACCCACUGGAUAGAAAGAAGACUCAGCUUUCUAGUUAGUCAGAUGGGCUCCCGGACGCAGUCAUACUCCUGCUGGUAAUGACGAUAAAAAUUUUAGUCAUAAACUUUCUUUUAAAUGUGACAAUUUUAGUUAAAUAUAAGCCUUUCGAGGAGAAAGGCUUUUAUGCAUCUUAGUUAAACACAUGCAUUGGUAGUAUCAACAAAUUUGCAAAUUAGAAGUUGAAGAUAGUUUUAUAUCUCACUUUUUAGGAAGUUGUAUUCAAAAUUAAAAUCUGUCUCAGAAUCUUCCAGGACAUCUUGAAGGCUCAUGUUGAUAGCGUGGAAGAGAGGGAAAGAAGUCCCAGCCUUCUGCUUAUUUGUAGGUCCAUUUGUCUCCAACUGUUAAACUGAGAAAAAGAAACAAAUUUUUAUUUGCUCAGCUAUGAAGUCUGACAUUAAAAUAUUUCAUAUUUUCUUUCCAUAUUUAAAAAGUUGUCCUUCUUAUCACUGUAUAGAUCUGUCUGAAGGCCUCAGUUUUUGAACAAAUAGAUCUAAAGCAGAGGCAGUCUUAUCCUGUAAUGGGGUUACUAAUGAAGUUUGUGGGGUUAAAAGCUGUAAGACAGCAGUGAUGCCUUCAUUCUAAUGUAAAUUCACAGCAGGGGUUGAAAAUGAUUUGGUUUCAUCCAUUAUCUCUUAUUUCAGGACCAAGCAGCAAACUGCAGUAGUUGAUGAAGGAUUCUAUUUGGGGUUCAGGAAGUAGCCUCUCAAUGCUACUGAUGCAGAUCUCUCCCAGAGAGCUCUCGGAUUACAUCAUAAUUGACAGACAUUAGUGACCACCUUCUUGGGUGGCUGCUGUUAAAAAUGGCUGUUGUCAUAUUUUCUGGACUUUGCUAGUUGAAGGCACAACAAAUCCCUGCCAGGAUUUUGGAAAUAUUUCUGUUACCUCGCUGCUACUUUUCUGCCAGAGAUAAAACACUUGAGGUGGACAGACCCAGACUGUCCUUACAAGGAUUCCUGUUACAGUGCUACUGCAUAUACCGCUCAUUUCUCCUAUUUUUGUGUGUUUUCUUCUUUAGUAAGAUUAUUUUGUAUUAAGAAAAUAAGUAAUAUUUGAAGUCCAAAGAGAAGUGAUCGGAAUUGUACAAGGGUUGUUUCCUAUUGUACUGUGAUGUCAGUAGGUUCUGUAGUCAGGGCUACAUUGGUCUGUUUGAUUUGAUGUUUUGGUAGUUUUCCUAGAGGGUCAGGUAUAGUGUAGGACCUAAUUCCCUGUGCAGAUAACUAUUCCAGAAGGAUGCAUUGUGCCAUCUCUGAGCAAGAAACGUGGGCAUAGCAGCUCUUGGUCUUGAGUUGGCCACACCCUUUCUUCAUGUUUGUUUUAAGCUCAGGUAAAGAUAACCUCCUCUUCCUUUUCUUCCUCUUCUUCCUGUGACUCCAGUCACAGGGCAUAAUAUUGUUCAAUCAUUUUCUUUUUGAGCUAGAUAAUAAAUUCGUAUUUCCAGAUGAUAGCAUGGGAGGUGGGGGUGUAUUGUAAAGAUUGGUGAAUUCUACCCUAAAAAUGUUUUAGUAGCUGAGCAAGAAUAAGAUGAAGUUUAACACCUUCCAAGGAAAUUCCAGAUUGACAUUGCAGGGGCCCCUUGUUCUAGUUGGGAGUAAAGAAAGAAGGUCAUUCACAAUAUUACAGAGGUUAAAAAUAGCUGAUGUCAAUGUACUUCCUCAAAUAAAUCUUUUAUUCUUGAAUACUGAAUAGUUUGAAUAUCAGAAAAGUGUGGGGGGGGAUGUGGGGAGUGGGCUUGCUGAUUCUUCAGUUAGCCGUAAUUUCUGUCAAGUCUUUGUAAUUCUAAUGGUAAGUGAACAACUAUGUUGAAUGUGGUUUGAGAUCUGUGAGACUUGGUGGUCCCUCAGGAAAGGAGGGGUGUGCAGUCCCCAAAGACAUGAAAUCCCUAGUGAGUACAGGGCCAACAGAACAUGGAUUUGCACACCUUGUCAGGUGCUAGUUCCUUCUGCUUAAGUUGCAUCUACCCAAAAAGGAAGUGUGGUAAGAACCCUUGGACCUACACUAGUGUAGGUUAAAGUUCAUGCUUACUACAUUCACCCAACAACCUGUGUUAAAAAAUACUUUGAGUAGAAUAAUGCCAGAGGAACAUACUUAGUACCUAAUAGUCUUUAGUAGUGCACUUGAUAAGUUUGCCAGCACGUGUUCAGAACCUUUGGGUGACAGCUAGGACCACUCUGGUCUGUGACUUAAGCAGUUCAGUUGCUUGUGUGCUGGGUCUGCCAGGGGUCGAUGGGAAGAGGUAAGCAAAAUCCAAGAGACAGGCAAGUCACCCCUCCUAUUCCCUUCUGAAAUUUCAGGGAGGGAGUUCUUUCCUCUUCUCUGGUUAGGAGAACUGAGGACAGAAAGGAGGCCUUUGACCUUAACCCUUUCCAUUUUCAGCCAGCUCUGCCAUUUUGUCCAGCACUUCCUCCUAAGACCAUCCCCAGUCCUUUGGCCUUUUGAGAGGAAUAAGUGCAUGGUAGGACCUUCCACUUCCCAGCCAUAUGUAGACACAUGUGCUCACACACACAUGCACACACACACACACACACACUCUCUCACACUCCUACACAUUUUCCUCCACUUCCAGGUUGUCUGUUUCAUUGUAGCCCAUUCUUCUUGGGACUUGGGUGUAAAUACAGAAUGCCUAUACCUUUGGCCUGUAAUGUCAGUUGGCCACAGAUUGUGCUUUGAAGUGUUUGUGAACAGUUCCUGUGAGCAGUGAGGAAGCAUUUGUCAGGCUCUGGAGACCAGUUUCUGGAGAGGCACAGUGGAGCUUCACCCAGGGUGAGAGCCCUGCACAAAGACAGGAGCUGUGGAAGAUGGUGAAGCAUGUUAGGGGCCACUUGACAUACCUGCUGCCAGUGGUUCUGCAUUCAGCAUCUGUGGCCUAUUCAGGUUGUGUCAUCCUGAAAUGAUCGUUGCACUUACAUAAAGCAAUCUUUGGAGUCAUCUAAUCUGUUUUGGGGGCUCCCUGCCAGCCUGUUUUCCUGGUGUCCCUCCAGACAGUGUGGAGUCAGACUGUGGUCUCAGUAGCUAGCAAAGCCAUGCACUGUGUAGUGUUUUUCUCAGAAUAUCAACCCUUAUUCUUUAGACACUUUGUUUUUUAAUGGUGAGGGAAAAGGUAUAAUUUGGGAUUCCACAGUGCCUUGCAUAUAGUAGGCGCCCAGUAAAUAUUUGCUGAAGCAAACCAAGUUUCCCAACUCCUCAUCUCCUGCAGUGACCAAGACAUCUUUCUCCUCUGAAGGGCUUGGCAGUUGUGGCUAAAAACUAAGCAGUAUCAUUAUUUGCUUGAAACCAUAUAUACGAUUUGUAUGAAUUUCGGUAUGUUGCCAAGACAUGAUCUUUUUCUUAUUGUAUUUUCUGUAAAUAUUUCUGGCACUGAACUGUAAAGGCGAGAUGUAAAUAUGAAGGUGUACUUGUGUCCCCUUGCCUCCUGUGUUUGAUCUUCAUCAGCUAGGGAAGAAGGUCUAGAGGUCUGUUUGUAUUUAUGCCAAUCUUUUGUCCAGAAGAAACCCAUGGAAUAUUGAAUGUAAUACAUUUAGUCAAUUAAAUUUUAAGGAGAUUCUUAUCUAA